AUGGAUGAAAGUGACGUGUAUGUACGAGAAGAAGGUGAUCGUCCGAUUGAACAUUCACCUCGUGGACGUUAUAUUCGCUUUGAUAUUCGAUUAGGUACAGGUGCUUACAAAUCAGUCUAUAAGGCAUAUGAUACAGAUCAAGGAAUUGAUGUGGCAUGGAAUGCGAUUGAUAUUGGUCUUUUACCUAGUACAGAGAAGACACGGAUUAUACAAGAAGUUCAAUUACUACAAAAGCUCGAGCAUAAGAAUAUUAUUAAUUUUUACGGUAGUUGGUUCUCAAAGGAAAAGAAUCAGGUCGUCUUUAUUACAGAAAUUAUGACAUCAGGCACGUUAAAGUCAUAUAUUAAACGCGUUCAAUUUAUCAAGUGGAAGAUUAUAAAGAGAUGGUGCAUUCAGAUUCUUGAAGGAUUGCACUAUUUACAUAGUCAAAAUCCACCAGUAAUUCAUCGUGAUUUAAAGUGUGACAAUAUCUUUGUGAAUGGUAAUACGGGUGAUCUGCGUAUUGGAGAUUUGGGACUAUCAACUCAAUUAGCAGUGGACAAGCGAUCGAAGGCGCAAAGUGUGCUAGGUACACCUGAAUUCAUGGCACCAGAGCUGUAUGACGAAAGCUAUGACGAAAAAGUUGACAUUUAUGCGUUUGGAAUGUGCGUGUUGGAGAUGGUGACCAAGGAGGUGCCAUAUUCGGAAUGUAUCAAUCCAGCGCAAAUUUACAAAAAAGUUACAGCUGGUAUUCGACCAAAGGGUUUGCAGCGCGUGGUUAGUCAAGCUGCACGUGAUUUUAUUGAGUUGUGUCUAUCGCGUGGAAAUGGCCUAGUCGAUGUGACGGCUCAAUAUUUGCUGGAUCAUCCAUUCUUGAAAGCGCAAGAUGAUGAUAAUGACAUGGUUGAGUGCUUGGAUGAAGAUGAGCUUGAGCGUGAAAGCAAACAGGCACAGCAGCGGUUGGAGAGAGUUGCUGAAGAGUCAUUCUCGUUGGAGUUUAAUAUGGAAGGUGGGUCGAAAGAGGGCACUGCUGUGGUGGUCAGUGAGCGGCAUAAGCAAUUUGCAUCGCUUUCGGCGGAGCCAGAAGUAUUAUUAGCAGCGUCAACAGUGAGUGGUAGUGCUUUUAUUUCGAAAUAUGCUGGAAGUGCGUCAAUGCUUUCUCCAAGUGCCCCUGAAGAGAAAAAAACGACAGCCGGAACACACCGAUUGACCGAGCUGCCGCCAGUUGGAUCUCUUGAGCGCAACAAUACUACUGCGCUAUCUUCUACCGAGCAUGCCCCAUCACUAACAUCAGCAUCAAUGUUAGCUCUGACGCCAACACUAGCGCCAACGUCGUCGAUACGAGCAAUUGGUCCUUCACCGGAAGAGUUUUCUAAGUUUGUCCACUCUCCAUCUCAGCCUGUGAUCAGUGAAAUAUUUGGCGGUGAUGAGCCGUUAUUGUCGGGUAAAAAGAGCGCAGAUUCACACGUUGAUCAAUUCCUCGCGACAUUGCCUGGCACAGAGAGUGCGAUCCAGAACACACGGAUAAAUAUUAUGGGUGGCAGAGGCCACCGAUUGGACUUAGAAAAUGACAGCAUACCAGAAUACGCAGACAGCCCCGCGGAAUCGCCUCUGGCCAAUGGUAAAGAAACGCCUGAGCACUCACAGUCACUUAUCGGGGAAUCGCCGUUUUUACGUGCAAACAAUGCCAAGAUAGAGCCUCCUAAUUCGGCACCAGGGCUGUUGACACCGUCUCAAGCCCCCGAAGGUGAAAUUCCGUCUUUGCGCCUUCCCGAACGUGAUAUAGAGCCUCAGGCUAACCUCGUUCGACGUGCGAGUAUACACGGUCAGUUUGGCGCUUUACUGGCUGCUUCUAGAACAGCAGAAAAUGUUGCUCCUGCCGGCAGUCUGUCGACUCCUCUGCCACCAUCUCAACAAAGUUUUCAAUCUGCUGCAAGCAGUGGAGCUACGCGAAAGCGUCCAAAGCGACAUGAGAUUAAAGCUGCAAAAGACCCGAACAAUGAGCAUAGCAUUCUGCUGAAUCUGCGCAUCAUCAUUGAUGGCAAAUCAAAGGAAAUCAAGUUUCCUUUUAAUUUGUUUGCUGAUAGCCCUCACGAAGUUGCUUGCGAACUGGCCGUGGACGUGGGAAUUUUGGAACCGGACCUUGAGGAUAUUGCCGACUCUAUCCGUUUUCUUGUUACGGAGGGCAAAAUCAACAAUCUUUCUGACGUGCAAGAAGAUGUAUGGGAAGAAGCACCCGAGCCUCAUUCGUUCUCUUCGAUUCCGUUUCCGAAUGUAUCCAAGAUGUCUUUUGUGCAUAUGCCACCAGAGACGACGUACCAACAGCAACAAGCAUUUUUGAUGAAUGCGACACCACUGGAACGCACAUCGAGUGGUGCAAGUGCAGUCACCUCAGGAGUGUCGACUUCGUUGAUAGGCGCCGGUGGCAGUGCUGCUACUAUGCCUGGUCCAAAGGCGACUCAGGAGGUGGAAGUGGCAGGAUCGCUGGACUCGGUAAGUGCUGCAAGUCUCAGCGACCCGUCUACAACAUUGAUGGUAGUGGACGGGGGCAUUCCUUCUGGUGGUAGCAGUAGUAGUAGCGGCGCUUCCCUACCGUUCCCAAAUGAAGUCAGCCGCUCGCCACCGCAGCCUGGUCACGGCCAUGCUGCCAGCAAGUCUAAUCUUACGAAGGAGGCCUUGCUGAGCAUCUUAGAAAUGCGAGCUCGUGGUAUGUCGAUGGGCUCGGUCGCUGAUGCAACAUAUGUGCAGCAAAUUCACCAGCUAGAAGAUCGACUGAAGAUUGCACGGACAUCGUUUGAUGAACGAGAAUCGUCGCUGGAAGCUGCGAUUCGUAGUGAAGAGGAGAAGCACCAGCGUGAAAUUGAGCGGUUUAGAAAAAAAAUGGAGGAAUUUGACAAGCAGCGCGCAGCUAUUUUGCGACAGCAAAAUGGGGACAGCGUCGCGAAUGGCUCGUCAUCAACCGCAUUGGACGAAAGUCUGCGGUUGGUUGGUCAAGAAGACUUGCUGGCAACCGCAAAUGCUCCGAGUUUAUCUACAGACGUGGACUUCAACAGUGAUGUGGGGUUUUCACUGAGCGGGUCUGACGAUGAGGCUUUUCCAACAUCUCCAGCAGCAACAGCAGCGGCGCCUUUGCCUAUCUCAGUCUCAAGCAGUGCACCACCACAUGUGAAUCCAAGUGUUGAAGCCGCCGCUCUCCCAGCGGCGGUGCCAGUAGACGAGCUGAUCCCGGAUCGUGAAUCACACUCUGCUGCAACAUCGGCAGCAAGAACUGAUACGACAACAAGCGCGGCGGCAAACAGUCAGUCAGUGUCGGUGCCGUUGCAGUAG